AUGAAGUUUGGUUCAAUUUAUGAGGAGUACCUAAGGGUGGAGCAGGACAAGUAUCUAGCAAAGUGCUCACAUGUAGAGUACAAACUCCUCAAGAAAGUAUUAAAGCGAUGUCGAGUUGACCGCUCACUGCAAGAAGAUGUUACCAAUGGUGACCAACUACUGGACGGGAGCGACGUAUCUUCAGACAUUUGCGAAUGCAAUUCGUGCACAUUGUGUGAUCAAAUGUUCUUUACAGAACUCAGCAAGGAGGCUUCAGACAUAGCUGGCUGUUUCAGCUCUAGAGUACAACGUCUUCUACAUCUUCAUGUUCCUUCAGGGCUACAAAGGUAUAUAUGGCGUGUACGGCAGUGCUUCAUAGAUGAUCAACAAAUCAUGGUUCAAGAAGGCCGAAUGCUAAUAAAUUAUGUGACCAUGAAUGCUAUUGCUAUCCGCAAAAUUCUCAAGAAAUAUGACAAGAUACAUGGUUCUGUGAGUGGUAGAGAUUUCAAGAGCAAGAUGCAAACAGAGCAUAUUGAACUGUUGCAGUCACCUUGGCUUAUUGAGCUGGGUGCUUUCCAUCUGAACUGUGAUAGUUUGGAUGUUGAUGAACCUGUAGGGUUCUUCAAGAAUGGAUUCUUCAAGAAUUUUUCCUGUGACUUGGCAGGAACACAACCAGUAAUGACUAUGGCCAUCUCUGAAACCAUUAAGUAUGAGUACAACCUAACUUGUCCAAUUUGCUUGGACACAUUGUUCAACCCGUAUGCACUCAGCUGCGGUCACCUCUUCUGCAAAGGCUGUGCAUGUGGUGCUGCAUCUGUGUACAUCUUCCAGGGCGUUAAGACUGCACCUCCGGAGGCUAAGUGCCCUGUAUGCCGAGCGGUUGGUAUCUUUGCCCAUGCUGUGCAUAUGAACGAACUUGACCUACUCAUCAAAACAAGGUGCAAGGAUUACUGGAGGUGCAGGAUGCGUGAAGAGCGCACGGAGAUGGUGAAGCAGUCCAAAGAAUACUGGGAGUCCCAAGCGAUGUUGUCGAUGGGUAUCUGAAUAUUGGGCAUGCAACCGCAGCCAGUUCAUUUGCUGAAAUUGGUGAUUACCAAUAAAUUAUCCAGCCGUUGAAUCAGAGGCGUGAAGAGUCCUCUAAGAAAAUUUGAAAUUUGAUUCAUUGACUGCUACUCAGCACCACCGA